AUGCAGCACAACUCUGUGGGUCCAUCCUCGUCCACCCGAAAAACUACAGUAACCAAUUCUCCCCACACCGCCGGCUCCAUCCAUCUCCAUCAUCGGUCCUCAAAUGGUUUCAACACUUCACGAACGCCACUAAAUCGCCACAUGGAAAUGGACCUGGGAAAAAUGUUCUCGGCUAUGGAGAAAGGACAUAAAGUCUGUAAAAUUGCCGUGUUGAAGAAGUGGGAUCCAGCGUACAAGCAGUUGACAUUAGAUCGAUACUCUCGACAGAUCUUUUUGACAAAGUUGGAGCAGUCGGCAGUGAGAAACAAGCCAACAAUUUUGGAUAUUCGACAAAUUCGAGAAGUUCAAACUUUGUACUACAAACUGAACACUAUCAAAGUAGACGAUAAAUGGAAAAAGGACCGAGAAAUUGCGAAUUUCGAGUCGAAAACCAUUUUGGUGAUUUCCUAUGGCAUGGCGUUUGCACUAUCGAAUUGGAUUUUGUUUGUUGCUCGAAAGCACAUGAAACCCUUCGUCCAAACCUCCCUGCAAUUCAAAGUCCAAUCUGAUCAGCUACAACAAGUCACUGAGGAUCAAAUGGAUUUCGAUCAAUUUAGCUACGCCAGUCGUCAACUGAUCCACGUUCCAGAGCUGUUUUCAUUGAGAUUCGGAGAUUUGGCUGAAAAACACGACCGGAAAGGAUUGGUGGUCACUUUUCAGAACUUUUUGCGAUUUUUGGACGGCAAACAGUUUGACGACAUGGCAUCAAAUCGAACGAGAGCUCUGGAAUUCUUAAAUCGAUAUUUUCAUGAGGAUCAAGCGUAUUUGGGAGAUAGAAAUGAGCCAUCAAUGACAGUUUUGGAGUUUUGUGAUUUUUUGUUUUCUCGCGAGAACUCUUUGUGGGAUCCGACGAAUGAGAAAGUGACGCAUGAUAUGAGCAGGCCGCUGUCUCAUUACUGGAUUGCCAGUUCGCAUAAUACAUAUCUCACGGGUGAUCAAUUACGAUCCGAAUCAUCUCUGGAUUGUUACGCACAGGCGCUGCUCAUGGGAUGCAGGUGUAUUGAGUUAGACUGCUGGGAUGGUCAAAAGAAGCCGGGCUCUAACGAAUUCUUGGAUAUCGUAAUCUAUCACGGCUACACGAUGACAUCGAAAAUUCUCCUCCGCGACGUCCUCCACGUCAUCAGACACUACGCAUUCGUAACCAGUGAAUAUCCAGUGAUACUGUCGAUUGAAGACAAUUGCUCAGUUCCGGCUCAACGUCUUCUGGCUCAAGAAUUAAAGGAUAUUCUGGGAGACUAUCUUUUGACACAGCCAGCGAAUCGAGAAGAGAAACAGCUGCCAUCACCGGCGGCGUUGAAAAAGAAAAUCAUUGUGAAACAUAAGAAAUUGCCUGUGGAGAGUGAAGAUUUGGCAGCUGUGGUCAAGACUGAUGAGUUUCAAGACACGGAAAUCAUUGCUCGCGAGUGUGUGAAAAAAGGGAUUCUCUGGAUGCGCAACAACAAUAGUCACGAUUGGACCUCCCACGUCUUCAUUUUAUUCCCCGAUCGGCUAUGUUACCUGAUAGAGACCGCCGAUCCGGAUAACACCUCAGAUGAUACGGUAUCAGUGUCUGGAGACGAAGAACGAGAAGAGGAGACGCCAUCUGGAUUUGGUGUGAAGCCUGAAGAGAUGCAUGUCACUGAAGAAUGGUUCCACGGACGGUGUGAACGAGACGAAGCGAAAAAACGGAUUUUGGAGCAUAAAGAGAAGGGAAAUGGUCUUUUUAUGAUUCGGGAUUCCAACCUUUUUAUUGGCGACUUCUCUUUAUCUAUUUUACAUGAUGGCAAAGUGCACCAUGUAAGGAUUCGGAGCAAGAUUGUUGAUAAAGAAAAGAAGUACUACUUCAUGGACAACAAAGUGUGCGACACCCUCUACGAGCUGGUCUCCUACUACACUCGUCACUAUCUAACAACUGCACAUUUCAAAAUGGUGCUCACAAUCGCUUGUCCUCAACCCCAACCACAUCUCAAUCAACCCUGGUUCUCAGCUACAGCCGAUAAGGAGAAGGCCGAGGAAUUGCUCAGCUUAAUCGAAGAGGAUGGUGCUUUCCUGAUAAGAACCUCAAGUCAGGAUUCGUCGGUUUUCGUGUUAUCAUUAAAAGUGGACGGGGAGUUUUGGCAUUAUCGAUUGAAGCGGGACGGAAGGAUUUUUGUGGUGAAUCAGAAGGUGUUCGAGAAUCUGAAUCAAAUUGUUGAGUUCUACGCGAAUCGAGAAUUCGUUCGAGGCAUUUCCCUUCGAUAUCCUGUCAAUGAAAAGGAUAUUUCUCACCUGACAGCGGAGCUGGCUGAAGCGAGGACACCUGGAUGUUAUAUGGAUUUGAAGGAUUUGGAUAAAGAAGUUCAGGCGAGAACACUUCGACCUUAUCGUGGAACCGCCGAUGAUGAGCUCUCCUUCCCAGCGAACGUGAUAAUUACAGUACUCCGGAAAGAGGAGGGGUUGUGGAGAGGGAGAUAUGGAGCGAUGACAGGAUGGUUCCCAUCAGCACAUGUUCAGGAGAUAUUGCCGGAGAAGACAAAUGCGUCGGAAACCAGCAACUACAACACUAUCGAACUAGCAGGGACACUUAUCGAACGAAUCCAUGACUUUGACAAACCACACGUGAUUCGAAUAUCACAAUCGAAUCAGCACUGGAUGAGUAAGCAGUCGUAUGUUUUGGCGGCGAAUUCAUCCGAAGAAGUGGAAGGUUGGCAGAACCAUCUCUUCGAGUUGACCCGAUCUGUGAACACCAAAAUGAGCAUUUUGAGGACCAAAGAAAAAGAAAAACGAAUCGCCGCCGAGCUCUCAAAUCUUGUUGUCUACUGUCAAGCGGUGCCAUUCGACCCCGCCCACAUUUACAACGACGCCUUCUACGAAAUGUGUAGUUUUGUGGAAGGCAAAUUGGAUAAACUAGUAGAGAAGGGUCUCUUGCCAUUUAAUUCAAGGAAACUAUCGAGAGUCUACCCGAAUGGAUCUAGGAUAACUUCCACUAACUAUUCACCAGUCCCAAUGUGGAAUGCCGGAUGUCAUAUGGUCGCGUUGAACUAUCAAACGGGCGACAAACCGAUGCAAUUGAAUCAGGGCAAGUUUUUGGCAAACGGACGGUGUGGAUAUUUGCUGAAGCCGGAUUACAUGCUAACUGAUGAUUUUGACCCGGCAAGUUCUGAAAAAUGCGUCACGACGGCUUAUCCGAUCCGGCUCAAUGUGCAAGUGAUUGGCGGACGACAUUUAUCGAGAAGAGACAAGAAUAAGGGAAUAUGCUCGCCGUUUGUGGAAAUUGAGGUUAUUGGAAUGCCAUGUGAUACAAAGGUCUAUCAGACCAAGACUAUUGCUUCCAACGGUCUAAAUCCAAUUUGGAAUCAAACGUUCACAUUCGAGAUCCAGUGUCCGGAAAUGGCGCUAAUUCGAUUCCACGUCGAAGAUGGGGAUUUCGUUGGUCCGAAAACUGAUCCAUUCAUCGGACAAGCCGUUUUCCCUGUCGAUUCGAUUCGUUGUGGUUUCCGAUCGGUUCCCCUGAAAAAUCAAUAUUCUGAAGAGCUGGAGCUGUCGGCGUUGUUGGUGGACGUGCAAAUGUGUUCUAGAGAAGGAAGUCAGUUGAUUCGAUCUUCGUCGCACUUCUUGCAGGUAAGUUAUUUUUUAAAGGCGAGCCGUCUUGCUCCAGUGUUCGCUCAUCGUAAAAUCACCAAUGGCGACAGUAUCCCGCGAGAAAUGGCACCGCGGCUUCGGACAUCGGCAACCGAUCGAUCUUUGGACUCUCCGACGAAUUCUGAAUCCCGUACGACACUUCUGACGAGUCAACGAGGCUCACAAGAUUCUAUGGAUAGUGCUGCAGAAACCACCUCCAUUGCAUCAGGAACUGUCAGCUCGCAAAAUGGAAAAAUGAAGAAAAACUGGCUCAAAAAGUUCUCCUUCGGCAAAUCCAGCAAAUCCUAG